CUCGAUAAAGUUAGAUAACUUUUUAAAGUAACAUUUAUUUGUUGCAAAUACGUUUCGCGAACAAUGAGCAGCAAAGGCAGUAGUGAAUGCAGCUUGUUUCCGAGUUGUUAGGAUGGUGACGCUGGUGGAGGUGUUGAGUCUCCUGCUGGUGUCCGUGUUGUGGGGCUGUACAAACCCUUUCCUGAAGAGAGGCACAGAGGGUAUCGAGCAGGUGUCCAAGUCCAAUAAAAUCGAUCAGUUCCUGGCUGAAGUGAAGUUUCUCUUCCUCAAUGUCAAGUACUUAAUCCCCUUUCUACUGAACCAGAGUGGCUCAUUGGUGUACUAUUACACACUGUCCACUACAGAUUUGUCAUUUGCUGUUCCUGUGGCAAACUCUCUAACUUUCCUGUGGACUCUGCUGACUGGCAAGUUGCUGGGUGAAGAUUUUGGAGGAAAACAGGCUGUUGCUGGACUGUUCCUCACCAUGGUUGGCAUCACUUUGUGUGUCAUAAGCUCCAUGGAGGACACUGGUUCUCACGCUCAGCCCUGAUGUUUACUUUCAAAUUUAGCCUCACCCUUUGCGCUGAUAAUGCCACUUAAAAUGUAAAAAUGUAAAUAUCAAUUUCUGGCCCACGCUGAAAUGUGUUUUUAUGAUUUACUGAUUCAAACAGUUUAAACAGGCGCAAAUGCACUAAGAAAAAAAAAUCAAAUGCCAAACUCGGUGUCGGGGGCUAAAAUGAGUCAAUUUUUUUAAUUCAGCAAGGGUAUGAUUAAUAUCAAUGCAAAAUAAAGAACACAAGAGACACAAACAUGCCUCUUUAAACGGGAAAAAAAACAAAAAUGUGUCUUAUUUACAUUUUACAAUGUUUUUUUUGUCAUUUUACAAUUUAAUAAAAACUGACCUUAGGUCUGGGAAAAGAUACGUUAGACCAGGGUUUCCCAAACUUUUGUUAGCUUUUUUUUUUUUUUUUGCCAAAAUGAAAUAACCAUAAUGCCAAUUUAAGUAAUAAUCAAAAUGUGAAUGAAUCAAAUUGUCCAUUCAUUAAUUAAAUUGUGCAAUAUAAUCUAAAAUAUUAAAUAGUAUUGCAUUUAUUUGUUAUUUCAGGACCAAUUAAUUUAUUUCCUGAUGAAUUAAAUUUUUUAUUUUAAUGUAAGAAUUGUAUCUUCUUUCAUUUUUUGAUGAUAAAUGUAUUUAUUUUUGACCACUUAGGUUGUAUUUUAUAUGUUCUAUUUCAUGAUGCUGCACAGCACUGAAAUGCACUAUUAAAAUCCUGCCUUUAAAAAAAACAACAUUUUUAACCCGAUAAAAUAGCAUUAAAAAUAACAAUACAACAACAAUAAGGAAUGAAGGAAUCAACUGUUAUCCUAAAAUAAAAAAGUUUGCUUUUUUUAAACCAAACUUUCCUGGUCAUACGGUCCAUAGAGGUCAUUAACAUUCAAGGAGUGACUCCCAAAGUGGAACAAUAUUUCUGCGACUAAACAAACUGGGCAAGACAUGCCCAGGGAGGCGAGUUCACACAGGGUUCACUCCCACAACUUGACUAAAUUUAUGGAGCUCCUAUAGAAACGUCCUUGGCUGUUAACUUUGCACUUGUACGCACUCUUGAGACUCUGAAACCGUGUGACUGGCAUCCGCUUAUACUGUAGGCCUUCAGGGAUACAUACUGAUGAGGGUGCCACCUUCUGGGUGGUUUUACCUGCAGGUGUGGCUGGGAGGAACAACACACUGUUUAAAUAUUUUGGACUUCUCAUGCACCUUUUUUUCUCUUACUGAUGCUUGGAAAUGGUUUUAAAAAUGGCCAUAGAAAUAAAAUUAGACAAAAAAUACAGCAAAAUUAAAGACAAGAAGCUGAAAUGUUGAUACUAAUUAAUGUUAAUAACAUAAAGUUUGUGCUUUGUCUUAAAAAAAAAUAUAUAUAUAUAUAUAAUUUUUGCAGAAUAAAUAUAAAACCAAAAAUAAAUUAAAUAAGAUAUACAACUUUAUGAAAAUGUCCCCUGCACUCUUGCAGCCUUGAUGUAAGACAAUCGAAGUGUGCCACUUAUGUUUUGAGGUGAGGGCAAACGUUUCCAUCUUGACUGCGGCAAAAAGAGAAAAUCAAGUCUUUGCACAAAAGUGAACAUUUUGGAGCGAUGCAUGUUUGUUUGUCCGUACGAGGACUCCUGGCUGAUAGAGAACGGCGUACAGCAAGACGUUAGGAGGAGAAGGUUCAGACUUGGGUAGUGACGGGGGGGAAAAAGGCACAAAAAGCGGUGACGUUGUAGAUCAUGAGAAAAUGAUGAUGUCGUUCAUAAAUAGAUGGGACGCUAUCGUUUGCAUGCUUCCAUUCUGACUCAAAAUGCCAAAAGAAAAUUGAGGUGCCAUGUUUGUCCCCCCCCCCAUUUUUUUUUUCUAGUUAGCAGCAACUUUCUAAAUGAUAAAAUAUUAAAUAAAAUGAAUAAAAAGACAGAAUUUGACCAACAUUUCGGUUAACCAAAGUAAAACAAUUGUGGAUUGCCAUGUUUGUGUUUUUUUAAGCUAGCAAAUGACUUCCUGGUUCAUGAAGAAUGAUGUACAGUGUUACACAUAGAUGGAGGGGACUCUAACGCAUGUAUUUUGUUCCAUCAAAAUGCAAAAAAAAAUAAAAAAGAAUUUCUCAGACAAAUCGAAUAUUUGUUAGCAUUUGUCUGUUUUAGCUUGCAGGCCACUUCCUGCUUCACGGACUCCACCGUUUCGUCACUGAUAAUAUCUGCGUGCAAAUGAUUGUGGCAAAACCGAUUGAAUGCAAUACUUUUAAUUUCUUGGUCAUUCAUACUGUCAGGAGAUUUAAAUUCUAAGACAGGAAUGCACUCCCUGUAGCAUUUGUUCUACUUUUUGUAGAGAUUUUAAUUACAAAAAAGGAACGAAAACAAUAGACAAUACUUGUCUCAUUAGCGCAGAAAGAGUAGUUACUAUGGUGAUGUUGCGUCUUCAGUUAAUCCUUCUCCCUGGUGGUGGUUCUGUGCUAGUGCAUCUAAUAGCGCGGCGUCUUUUCGAUCCUCCUGCAGGAUAGACAUGAAAUAUAUACAGUAGAUUUUUAAAAACCCUCAUUUUGCAGAGACGACAUUAAUACCUUUUCAUCCCGAUGACCCGAGUUGUUUUCCUGGAUCUCUCUGUGAGAAUCGGGCAAGGACAACGUCAUCUUGUUGAACUCCUAGAGUGAAGACGUUAAUAUUAGAAGCUUUCGUUGUGAAGGACAGUGUGAUAUUUGUGAAUGUGUACCAAAUUUUCAGCGUUAAACUCCUCUUCUUUGUUUCGUGUUGUCGUCUUUUCCGCUUCGCCAGGGUCAGAUGGCAGCAAAACCUGUAAAAGGACAAAACAUACAUGGGAGGAGCCUAUUCAUUGCAGAACUUCUUGAACACUACACGUGCUGGUGUCUCACCUACUUUUAGUGUGUCGUGCAGAGCAUCAUUUGCGUUGUUCAGCUCCUCAUCCUCCACUGUUUCUGCAAUUCUCUUGAGAAUAAACAACAUAUAUACUUAUUUUACCAUUGACAGAUGGACAGGUCACUGGACAAGUCGUUAGGCACACCCUCAGGAUCUAUUUGCAUCCGACACAUUAGAUAAAAUAACAUUUUACAAAACAAAUAAUCCGUACUCAAGUGUGGCUCACUCAUCUGCGUCCGACAGUCUUGGAAGAGGUGUGCCUGCACAAGCCCAUACAUGCAUGUGGCGCACUAUUAAUACAAUGAAUCCUCCUGCUAGUUAUGAAUGAUAAACUCAAAAGCCUUGCUCUCUCACACACACAGACACGUACUGUGAGUACUGCAUAUGUCAUGUGCAGUAAUUAAUGUGAUUGCUUCUUUUACCAGUUGUUAAUGAUUACCUCCACCUUGCACCCAUGAAAUACACAGACUUGAAUAAUCCACAAAGUCAAAAGCCACCAGACGCUUGCUCAAGCCUGAGCAUGCGCACUCGUGCAACUGGAUGCGGCACAUCACUAAUUAAGUCACUCCUACCACCAGUUGUUAAUGAUAACCUCCACCUUGCAUUCUAGAAAUAAACAAAAAGGCUCAAAAUAAUCUACCAAAUCACACGCCACCGUAAACUUGCUCAAGCACGAGCAUGGGCACACGUGCAACGGACAUGGCAUGCCACUGAUUAAGUCACUCCUCCCACCAGUUGUUAUUAAUGAUGACCUCAACAAGAUUUGAAAUAAUCCAAAGAGUCAAAAUCCACCGUACACUUGCUUAAGCACAAGCAUGUGCACACACGCAACGGACGCGGCAUAUCAGUAAUCACUCCACCCACCAGUUACUCAUGAUAACCACCAACUUUAAUCAGAGAAAUAAACAAGACUCAAAAUAAUCCACCAAGUCAAAAGUCACUGCACAGUUGCUCAAGCACGAGCGUGCCCACCAGUUAUUAAUAACCACCACCUUGCCAACUUCAAAUGCUGUACAACACUGUGGGAAAAUAUGACGAUAUAAAUAUGUUGCAAAGUUCCUACGAGAAUACGCAGGUAUACUUAAUGCUGUGGCUGAAACAGUCAAGAGUUAGCAGUAAACCUGGUCAACAGGAAGUUCCGUGGCUGUAUUCUCAUCCUCCUGCACCUCCUCGGCUCCCCUGACCUCCUCCCUCCUCCUCCGUGCUCCUGGUUUAAAAACGCUGCGAUGGACUUUAAUGUGAAACACAAAGACACAUUUUAUGAUCUGGAAGCUGAGAUGCAAAGCUGAUGAGCGGACAUCCUAACUGGUUCCAUUGCCAAGGGGCGGUCUCGGGGUUCCUCUAGUUUUACGGAUCCUGACGGGCUUGGCAAAGGACAGGGAGCCGUCCUCUGCUCCGUCGCUUGUGUGUUGCUGUUGUUGCUGCGGAGCCGGCGGAGGAGCCGCUUCAUCACCCGUCGACUUCACCCUCCGACCGUCUGACUGAGAGGAAACGUUUUGUCGUCCUGUGCUGGACUUCGAGGCGACAUAAUGACAUGACUGUUCUUACCUCUGGAGAGUUGAGAAGAGCGGAGUCACUACACUGGUCUUCUGGACCACUUCCUGGCUUCUUGUGCUACAACAUUGCACACAGUUACUGAAGAAACCAGAUGACCCCAAACAAAACAGCAUAUUUUUCUGCAUGAAUAUCAGAAAAUGGUGUCAGCAGUGAAAGAUCGUAGCACUUAUUAGACAUUGAAUCGCACCCAAUCAGAUGUGAAUGUCUGACUUUUCACUAACUGCUUCAGGAGCUGCAUCACAAACAAACGCUGCCAUUUUUCACUCAGCCAACACUUCCUCCUCACUCUCCCUGUCCCUGGUGGGCUUCGCUAGCCAGGACAAGUUGGCUCUGCUGCCCUGGCAGCAGCGUUUGCAGAUCGCUUGAUAAAUUGACUGAUUGUGCAUCAUAUGCUGCAGUGUCUCCAAAAACAAAAAAAAAAGACUUUUUCUCAAAAAAUUAAGAGGAAGUUAGUUAAUUUCGGACCACAAAAUGAAAUACAGGUAGGGAUUGCAGCUUCUAAUUUGUGUGUAAUGGAAAUUACUUACCACAUUUCUCCUCAGUGUUCGUCUCUUUCCAGGGUAAUACCUACGGGCACAAAAACAAUGGUGUGUAACAAGAAUUGCCAGUGUUGUGUUUCAGUGCAUCUUUGUCAUUGCCGUGCAAGGAAACUCCCCCCUUGUCGGAGAAACAUAUCAUUUGAGGAAGCAGCGCACUGGAUGAACGUUUACGAAACAAUACCUCUCCGCCGCUUUUGAGACCAGCAGCUCCACAUACGGAAGCUUCUUGAACCUCUCGGUUCCCACGGCAACGUAGCAGCGGCCGGUCUCGAGCUCUCCCGCUGAAGUCACUGUCACCCCCUCCACGGAACACAACCUCAAGUAGCGAACAGCGGUUGGCUGAUCAGAUUUCUCCUGACACCUCUCCUCCCCCCCACCGUAAUUUGUUGGUUACUGACCUACGCACAGCGCCGGUCCGUAAGCUGACCUUCUCAGUGACCAUACUCAGGAUCUGCUCCAGGUCCCUCUGCAUGCUCCGAGGAAUGAUGAAUCGGAAUGGUGGACACAGGAGGUCUCCGUUGCGGAAAACGCUGAGACAUUACGUUUUUUUUACAAAUACUUUCAGUGAAUGUAUGUGAUUGGACGGCUGCGGUGUUACUCACUGUAUUAUACACGGCACUGGUACAAACUUCCUCCAUUUGGCUGACACAUUGGGCCUCUGGAUUAGCUUUGCCUGCAGGGGACAUUCCACAAAUAUGUUUCCACCAAGUAGUACACUUUUUUUUAUACGCUCUUUUCAUUGGACAGCAACAAUAUACAGUCGAUGUCCUUCGGAGUGACUGACUCACGUCGACAUGAGUGGUUAACGACAUUACCGAAAUCGAAAAUAGACACAGAUUGCACGUUUACUUGUCACGUGUACCAGGGACUGAGCGAUAAUGAAGGCAGUUUGUUGAUGUUGUUGUCCUUCAGUUGUGGAUAUUUUAGUUUUAAUGUGAUAUUUUAUACUCCUAAUAGCUGCUUCCGUAAUUUCAUCGACUACAAUGACUGAAGCAUUCAUACAUGCGCAAAUCUUUCUACUGGUGGCUAACUAUCUAAAAAAAAAAAAAAAAAAAAAAAUAGUAGCAGUAGGAAUCAAUCUUUCCAAUAGAAAGUAGUGGAAAUUUUAUGUAGUGUGUAAGUCUAAAAAUAUGUUAAUGGUUUAAUUUAUUUGAACAUGCAUACAAGUUCCAGUGGAAUACAUCACAUAGUACAAUUCACAGUUCUACAUGUCCAAAAGGAGUAGGAAGAAGCAAAGCUUAUUUAAUCCUACCCCCCAACUGUUUUACCUCAAUUGCAAUACAUUUGUUCACUUCCUGUAUUCCAAAUGCACUCUCUUCUACUGUAGUUGAAAACAUCAAAAAUUAACGAGAUAAUGUAAUAAUGUGAUAAAUAGAACAAUUGUCAAGUUUCAAAUUUAGUCAGAUUUCCUGUCACCGUAACGACUUGAUUUGACAGUCCUAAUAAAUAAUAUCAAAUAGACAUAACAAAUAGUCAUGAACUCAUGAAAGGAAAUGAAAUAGAACAGAACCGAUAACGGGUGAGUACUGGCGAUGUACUCACAAAAGAAUAAAGAGUAAGAAGUGACAAGAAGGAAGAGUUAGUGAGUGUAGUCGUGGAAAUUGUGGAUGUUGUUUUGUUGUAAUCCGCCUCCCACACUCAUAGAUUUAUUGCUUGACGAUGAUGCAUAGGUUCUCAAUUGGGUUGAGGUCAGGGGGGAAAAAAGGGGACCAAACCAAGGUUGCACGGCCCUCAUCAGUAAACAGGAUUGUUUGAAAAUGAAUCUUCAUGCAUUUGAUGGCCCACUGCAACCGUUUCUGCUUGUGAGUAUUGGUUAGGGGUGGCCAAAUAGUAGGUUUAUGCGUAACUGCAAGUCUCUAAUUGGGUUCACCUGGCAAACUAAUGAUGACAGUUGUCCGAGAUUGAUAUCAGGAAUUCAAAGAGCAUCGAGACACAACGCCUUUCAAGAAUUUAAUUGAAAAACAAAAAAUGUAAUGUUUAUGAUACUAAAAUCUUAUUUACAUAAUAAUUUGGAACACAGUGUAUUAUUCUGACAUAUUAACACGUAUCCAUUAAAAAAAACAAAUACAUUGGAACAACUGUCUUCUUUUUUCUUCUUUGAAAUGAAGUCUAUAUUGUUUCCAAAUGCUGUAUCUCGUUGGGACCAAAAGAUGGCAGCGUUGAUGCAGAUGGCAGUGUUGACGCGUUGUGGCGACCUUUUUAAUUUGUGACAAUCUUUUCCUUCCACUAAACUUGCUUCAAGUCGGUCUUAACUUUGAUGACGAGUGACAACAACAUGGGUCGCUUGUUUUGUUUUGAUGCACUUCUUGUAUUGAUUGGAUCUUGAUUUCUGUUGCGUCUGUGGUGACACUGAAUCAGGGGCAGUGCCCCACCACAUUGUGCAUUUUAGCAUCAUUAAUCUCUUCCAGAAGGUCCAACUCUAACCGAAACGUACUCGAACCAAAUAACCAAAAUUCCCAUAAGAAAUCAUGUAAAUUGUUUAGUUAAUCUGGUUCCUGUUUCCAUAUAUUAGCAAGCUGCUAUCAGGGAUGUUUUACAGUUACACUCACACAGUGUAUUCAUAACUUGACCAUGUACAGGCAUACAUAUUCUAUAACAUGUUGUUUAUUUUGCUUUAUUUUAAUUUCUUGAGUGCCCGUUCCAUCCAGUUUAAGGGGCGUGUCCUAUUGUCACUGUCCACUGAAAAGCAUGUAUCUCCACAUUUUUUUCUGCUUUUUUCCUGAAACACGAAAAAAGAAUGUUUUUACUGCAUUUAAAAAUGUGGAGCUACAUGCCGAUUGACUGGAGUCCUCAAAUCUGCCUAGCAACAAGUGGUCACGCAAAAAAACAAAAAUGAUGGCAAUUUUGUUUAUCCAAUUGUUUAAAAAAAAGGAGAAAAUAAAAAUAAACUAAAUACACAAAAAUACAGUGUAAAUACAAUCACAUUUAUUCAGCAAUUUAAAAAAUUGAAUGGGGUCCAAUUGACCCCAAAGGCUCCAUGUGACAUUUACAGUGUCUCUGACGGAAACAAAGAGGUGUGCGGAGUUAAAUAUGGCUGUGUCGGCCAGCCCAUACACGCCUUGAUGAACUGUGAAGGAAGCUUAACUCCUCGCAUGCAGCCACGCUCGCUGCAAUGCUCCACAGCAACCACAACACCGGCAUGCGCGCACACUGGAAUCAAAAGUACACGCCGAAUGCACAUCGGCGCAUGACGGGGGGCGCACGUCCAAGCCACACACAAUUACUGUCUGCUCUCUAAAUGUUGGCCCAAGAAGAAGAGCUGUUGGCUUCAAAACAAUGAGAUACCUCAGCAGAUGCUCUGAAUACAAAGUGAGCACUUGUGAGCGUGAGUGCAUGCAUGUGCAUUGCUGCUGCUGUGACAGCUAUUCAGUGUCAUUGAGUCAGGAGUCUUCAUUGUUGGAUUUCGCCAAAAAACGACUUAACCACGGGCCAUUACACUUUGGUGCCGAGCCAGGUAAAGAUGCACAUCUACACAUCUACACAGCUACAUAUAUAUAUAUUAGGAAGGUGUAGUAUUUGCUACUGUUACUAGUCAAAGUGUGAAUAUGAAGGUGUAUUGCAGCCACACUGAAAAUAACAAAA